GGACCGUCCGCGAGACGAGGGGGUGGGGCCUUGAGGCUGGGCUCCUCGACGCUAGUGAAGUCGGCAGCUACCUCCGCUGCGCCCGCUCGGCUUUCCAAGACGCGGUGGGGGCUGGCUUCCUGCUCCAAGCCGAGCUGCCGGGCCUUCUACGAUUGCAGGCAGACCAUUGUCCUCCAGAAACGAUGGUUGUCGCUGGCCCCAGCUGGGACUCUGCCAGGCUCCAGUGCUCAGUCUAAGUAAAGGGCCCUCUUCCAGCCCUGCUCUCCAUGCCUGUCAUGGCCACACUCAGCUACCGCCUGCUUGUCUGGGGACACAGGGCACCCAGCCCCAGCCCUGAGAGGUUAAGCCAGGCCCUUUGGCUCCAUUUCACAGGGGCGUUCUGGGCACCCUUUCAGACCAAGAGCAACUGAUGCCAUGGGAGAAGACUCUGCCCACCUGUUCACUCAUCUGGCACUGCCCACUCUGAGACCCCUGCAUUGGGUCCCUCUAGAAGUGCCAACCCUGUGAACCCCUCCCCUGUCCUCUGACGCUGAGAAGGCCCUGCCCACCCCCACCAUGUGUGAAGUGAUGCCCACAAUCAAUGAGGGGGACCCCCUGGGGCCUCCCCAUGGCACCGAUGCUGAAGCCAACUUUGAGCAGCUGAUGGUGAACAUGCUGGAUGAGCGGGAGAAGUUGCUAGAGUCCCUUCGCGAGAGUCAGGAGACUUUGGCUGCAACACAGAGCCGGCUCCAGGAUGCCCUCCAUGAGCGGGACCAGCUCCAGCGCCACCUUAACUCUGCGCUCCCCCAGGAAUUUGCCACCUUAACCCGGGAGCUGAGUAUGUGUCGGGAGCAGCUUCUAGAGAGAGAGGAAGAGAUAUCUGAGCUGAAAGCAGAGCGGAAUAACACAAGGUUACUUCUGGAACAUCUGGAGUGCCUGGUGUCCCGUCAUGAACGGUCACUGAGGAUGACUGUGGUGAAGCGUCAGGCUCAGUCACCUUCAGGGGUUUCCAGUGAGGUGGAGGUGCUGAAGGCUCUCAAGUCACUGUUCGAGCACCACAAGGCCCUGGAUGAGAAGGUGCGAGAGCGGCUCCGGGCAGCCCUGGAGAGAGUUACCACCUUGGAAGAGCAGUUGGCGGGUGCCCACCAGCAGGUGUCUGCCCUGCAGCAGGGGGCAGGGGUUCGGGACGGAGUGGCGGAAGAGGAGGGGUCUGUGGAGCUGGGACCGAAACGCCUGUGGAAGGAUGACGCGGGCCAGGUAGAGGAGCUGCAAGAGCUCCUGGAGAAACAGAACUUUGAGUUGAGCCAGGCCCGGGACCGACUGGUCACCCUGACUGCAACCGUGGCGGAACUUGAAGAGGACCUGGGCACGGCCCGCCGGGACCUUAUCAAGUCAGAGGAGCUGAGCAGCAAACAUCAGCGGGACCUCCGAGAGGCUCUUGCCCAGAAAGAAGACAUGGAGGAGAGAAUCACUACACUGGAGAAGCGCUACCUGGCUGCUCAGCGUGAGGCCACAUCGAUCCAUGAUCUCAAUGACAAACUGGAGAAUGAGCUGGCCAAUAAGGAGUCCCUGCACCGCCAGUGUGAGGAAAAAGCCCGACACCUGCAGGAGCUGCUGGAGGUAGCAGAGCAGAAACUGCAGCAGACAAUGCGCAAGGCUGAGACACUGCCAGAAGUGGAGGCUGAGCUGGCCCAGAGAAUCGCAGCCCUCACCAAGGCUGAAGAAAGGCAUGGCAACAUUGAGGAGCACCUGCGGCAGCUGGAGGGACAGCUGGAGGAGAAGAACCAGGAGCUGGCAAGGGUGCGCCAGCGGGAGAAGAUGAACGAGGACCACAACAAGCGGCUGUCAGACACCGUGGACCGGCUACUUAGCGAGUCGAAUGAGCGCCUGCAGCUCCACCUCAAGGAGCGCAUGGCAGCCCUGGAGGAGAAGAACACGUUGAUCCAAGAACUGGAGAGCUCCCAGCGGCAGAUUGAAGAGCAGCACCAUCACAAGGGCCGCCUCUCUGAAGAGAUUGAGAAGCUGCGCCAAGAGGUGGACCAGCUGAAGGGUCGAAGAGGGCCAUUUGUGGAUGGCAUCCACUCCAGGGCACACUUGGGCAGUGCAGCGGAUGGGCGGUUCUCCCUGAGCACAGCUGCCCAUGCACCUCAAGGUUUGCAUCGUUGCUACUCCUCGGCACUGCGGGAAGAGUCUGCCAAGGACUGGGAGCCAUCUCCACUGCCUGGGGUGCUGGUCCCCGCAGCCACCCCUGCCUUUGACAGUGACCCUGAGAUCUCUGAUGUGGAUGAGGAUGAGCCAGGGGGUCUGGUGGGCUCCAUGGACGUUGUCUCCCCCAGCAGCCACUCAGAUGCCCAGACCCUGGCCAUGAUGCUGCAGGAGCAGCUGGAUGCUAUCAACGAGGAGAUCAGGAUGAUCCAGGAAGAAAAGGAGUCCACAGAGCUCCGUGCUGAGGAGAUUGAGACACGAGUAACUAGCGGAAGUAUGGAGGCCCUAAACCUGACCCAGCUGUGCAAACGUGGUUCCAUCCCCACCUCUCUGACUGCCUUGUCCCUGGCCAGCGCAUCCCCUCCACUCAGCGGCCGCUCCACACCUAAGCUCACCUCCCGCAGUGCUGCCCAGGACCUGGACCGAAUGGGGGUCAUGACCCUGCCCAGUGACUUAAGAAAGCAUAGGAGGAAGCUGCUGUCACCAGUGUCUCGGGAAGAGAACCGAGAGGAUAAAGCCACCAUAAAAUGUGAGACUUCUCCUCCUUCCUCACCCAGGACACUGCAGCUAGAGAAGCUUGGCCACCCAGCCCUGAGCCAGGAAGAAGGCAAGAGUGCUUUGGAGGAUCCAGGCAGCAACCCCAGCAGCAGCAACAGCAGCCAGGACUCCUUGCACAAGGGCGCCAAGCGCAAGGGCAUCAAAUCAUCCAUCGGCCGCCUGUUUGGAAAGAAGGAGAAAGGCAGGCUGAUCCAGCUGAGCCGAGAUGGAGCCACGGGCCAUGUUCUGCUGACAGACUCCGAACUCGGUCUGCAGGAGCCCAUGGUGCCUGCCAAGCUGGGGACCCAGGCAGAGCGGGACCGGCGGCUGAAGAAGAAACACCAGCUGCUUGAAGAUGCUCGCAGAAAAGGAAUGCCCUUUGCCCAAUGGGACGGCCCUACUGUGGUCUCCUGGCUAGAGCUCUGGGUGGGGAUGCCUGCUUGGUAUGUGGCAGCCUGCCGGGCCAACGUCAAGAGUGGUGCCAUCAUGUCAGCCCUGUCGGACACAGAGAUCCAACGGGAAAUUGGCAUCAGCAAUGCCCUACACCGGCUCAAGCUCCGGCUGGCCAUCCAGGAGAUGGUGUCGCUGACCAGCCCCUCUGCCCCACCCACCUCCAGGACUUCUUCUGGAAAUGUUUGGGUCACCCAUGAAGAGAUGGAAACUCUGGCAAAAUCCACUAAAACAGACAGUGAGGAGGGCAGCUGGGCUCAGACACUGGCCUAUGGGGACAUGAAUCAUGAGUGGAUUGGGAAUGAGUGGCUGCCCAGCCUGGGGCUUCCCCAGUACCGCAGCUACUUCAUGGAGUGCCUGGUGGACGCUCGCAUGCUGGAUCAUCUCACCAAGAAGGACCUCCGGGUCCACCUGAAGAUGGUGGACAGCUUCCACCGAACCAGUCUUCAGUAUGGCAUCAUGUGCCUGAAGAGGCUGAAUUAUGACCGGAAGGAGCUGGAGAAGAGGCGGGAGGAAAGUCAGCAUGAGAUCAAGGAUGUGCUGGUUUGGACCAACGACCAGGUGGUACAUUGGGUCCAGUCUAUUGGGCUCCGGGACUACGCUGGAAACCUGCAUGAGAGUGGUGUGCAUGGUGCUCUGCUGGCCCUGGACGAGAACUUCGACCACAAUACAUUGGCCCUGGUCCUCCAGAUUCCCACUCAGAAUACCCAGGCACGCCAGGUGAUGGAGAGAGAGUUCAACAACCUGUUGGCCUUGGGCACAGACCGGAAGCUGGAUGAUGGGGAGGACAAGGUGUUCCGCCGCGCGCCCUCCUGGAGGAAACGCUUCCGGCCGCGGGACCACCACAGCGGCGGAAUGCUCGGCGGCUCGGCGGAGACGCUCCCGGCAGGCUUCCGCGUGUCCACCCUGGGGUCCAUGCAGCCCCCACCAGCCCCGCCCAAGAAGACCAUGCCUGAAGCCGGGACGGCGGGGGCGCAGAGACUGGAGACCUCCACGGUUCGGACCUACUCCUGCUGACCCCGCCUCCCGCCCCGGGUCUGACGGGAGAGUGCCCGUGGCUCGGGCUCACUCCCAUUAUCUCUACGGACACAUGCUCUCCGCCUUCCGGGAUUAGGCACAGCCCCCAAGGCCGGCUUUCUCCUGCUUGGUUUCACAGGCUCGGAUAGCCCUGACCCCUCCUGCUCGGUUCCCUUACUCCCAGGGCUCCUAGUCUCAUCCGUGACUUUCCAGUGCCCAGAAUAUAAGAAUAUACACGUCUACCCCCUCGGCAUCCCACUAUCCAAAGUCCAACGUGUGUCCCUUGUCAGGCUCUUUGGGAUAUGGCUACAUCUCCUAGUGCCGUGGAGGCAACCAGGUUGUCCAUGCUUGUGGGUCUGCUGGGGAGAGAGGAAGGCAGCCCAAGAUGGAUGGACUCCACCCUGCCUCUUCCGCAUCUAGCUGGUUUGGAAUGCAACCUCCAACAGAGACCAGGACAGGGCAUCUAGGGCUGGGGGUGGCCCUUCCCAGAAAGGGGCACUUUGGGCUUCCUUGUUUGGGUUAUUUGGUCUCUGCCCUAGUCUGGAGCCCAGAAACAAGAGGUUUCUGUCUACUUCUGGGUUGGACUAGAUGGUCUACAUCUGAUUUUGGCACCCUCACCCUGCCUCCCCCACCUCAUCUGCACAGCUGCACUGCAGCUCCUGCUUCACCUUCAGGACCUCCUUAGGGCCUGGGAAGGGCUGCGGAGGGUUCCAUUCUUCCUGAGGAUGAUGAGGCUGGGAAAAGUGAAGGCUAAGGUGGAGACUCCAGGCUCUGGUUUAAGUUGAAUCCCAAACACCUAGCCUAAGGAUGGGGGAACUUUCAGCCCUCCUGCCCAGUGAGAGGUGCAGGCUAGGUCAGCUGGAGGAAGAGCCAAUGGCCUGUGGUAGCUUUAAGACCAGAUGGCAGUGGGAAUGCCUCCUGCACCAACCAUGUGGUGGAGCUGCUGCUGGGCUCAGGGGAGGGGAGGGAUUGUGUGGAUGUCUUGGCUCUGGGGCAGAACAGAGCUAACCAUGCACUGGCAGCUAUGCUCCCAACGUCCCUUCCCUUGCUGUCCCUCUCGGCCCCACUUCUUUGAUGAUCCCAGCCCCAUAAGAAUACACUUAAUGGGUGGAUUGAAUAUACACUGUCUUUAAAAUCUGAUAAUCUGGGGCUUCCUUCCCCUCAUCUCCUUGGAAGAAAAUAAAGCUUCCUCUUUAGUGAAUCAUGUCCAAGGUCCAGGAAAUCCAGUGUUGGUGAAGGCUGUCAUUCUCCUGCAUAUCUGCAAGCCACCACCCCUUGUAUAGGGCUCUUUUGUUGUGCAGGGACUGCCUCCUCCAGAAAUUCCUGAGACCUGCCUAGUUUUAGUUGCUUUCCCCAGCAGCGUGGCAGCAUCCGUGGCUGAGGGAUACAGGUUGUGGUUUGGUUGAAAUGUCAUUUCCAAGAAAUCUCUCCUUUUCUCCCAUUUACUCAUCCUGCUAAGGUGUCUGAAAGUAUAUGGGACCCCAGUUCAGUGUGAGUUUAUGGAACCCAGGGCUUCAUCCAAGUGAGAGAAGAGGAGAAGUAUUUAGAGCAUGUUUCUUGGAGAGGGGCCAGUGCAGUGCCACCUUGCAGGUUUGCAGGCUGAUGACUUGGGUUCCGAGCAGGAGCUUGGCUAGCAGGUGGGAUGAUGGGUUGGAAGCACCCUGUCCGGAAGGAGUAAUGGAGCCUGGGGCAGUGCCAGGCUUACAGCCUCCUGCUGCUUUGCAGUAGAGGAGAGGUCCACCAGUGGUGGGGCUGGAUAGGUUCCCAUAGGUGUGGGCAAGGCAUCCACCUGCCCUUGCUCUCCCUCAUUGUUCCCUGUCCUCCCUGUCAGGAUGCUGGGAAAGGAGCUGGAGGAGUUUUUGAGCAGCAAAUGAGUGGGAUGGAGAGAAAGAGCACCUGUCCGUGGGUAAUGGAUGUUAAGAUUAUGGAAAAACCCCAGAUUUCUAAGAUUAGUGAAGUUGGAGACCACAGGGCCAUCUGACUCCUUCAGGGAACUCUGAUGGGCUAGCCUAUGGGAAGUUCAGCCCUAGCCUCUCCUCUACAACGUAGCCCUCUCAUGGUUGGUCACAUCAUAAGGCAUCAGCCAGGAGAACCAAGGUCUCUCAGGGCAUCUUGGAAUAUAUUGCAGGGAGGUGACGAAGAAGAGGAACUUCUGCAUACAUGAUAGAAGGCUCUCGUCUUGGCGUACCUCUUGUCUCACAAUCAAUGUACUUUUUAUUUGGAGAGUCACCGGUGACCUGCCUCACCAGCCUCCUGUAUCUAGUCAGGUCCCUUCUCAGUACUGUACUGGUUCAGUGCAUCAGGAAUGGGUGUGUGGGUGUGUAUGAGUGUGAGUGUGGGUAUGUACAUACCAAUAAACAACCUGGUUUUGAGACAGCAUACAA